AAUUGCAAAUCGUUUAUUGUCUAGUUGUUUUAUUUAAAUGAGUUAAAUAGAUUAUAUACAAUUCCAUAAAUAUGAAAUUUCUUGAAUUUGGCGAGGACUUUCUAUUUGAUGAUAUGCCAAAAAUCUAUAACCCUACACAGAAAGUGUUUAUUACACGUCUCUAUGGUUUAAAUCAACUGUUACUGCCGAAAAGAGUGCCUAAAAUUUAUACAAGCAAAGCGAUUGCUUGGCGAAUGAAGAUCCAUUUCAACACAAAUAAAGAGGAGAUACUAACAGACGAUAACUUCGUCUACUUGGAUCCUACAAAAAAUCCACAUAUCCUGCAUCUAAGUGAUGAAAAGCGCGUUAAAGCUUUUGUGUUUGAAGAGGCUUCAGCAACGCGCAAUAUGAUGGUGCUCAUACAGAAAGAGGGAAAAAUUACACACUUGUAUGCUGGCGCAUGUGUUUUUUUACGCCAAAUUUUACUGAACGAUGUGUUCGUGUCGUGUAUAGGCACUGGUGUUGACAAAUUAUACAUGGACUUAAAGCGUGCACUAAUCCCAUGUAACCCCAAUGAGUUGAAUGACAUCAUAGAUGAAUUGGACCGAUUGCUACAUAAAAGCAAAGUACUUAUCAAAAUACAACUGCUGGUGGAGCCUUUUGGUAGCGAAGAAUUUGUAGCUGAGUUGGGAAACCAGCUGCGUGGUUUAGUUCAUCUCAAUGACGCUUUCCUUAAUUACAAUGGACAUUUUUUGUGCCUGGAGCACUUCCAGAUGGACCCUGAAAUGGCACGCAUAUUCGUUGAGCAUGCGCCAAAUAAGGAGGAGUGCGCUAAACACUGUCAUAAUUCCGAAGUAUUAGUUACUGUUAAGUUAACUAUGGAUAAACGCAAAAAAGAUAAAUCGAAUAACUAUUUCGAAAUACAUUAUUCGCCUUUGCCGAGUCCCUUCAAUUUAAAAGUGCUCGCUUCUGCUAUAUAUCCAGCGCACAUAUUCGGUAUAACAUAUGGCACUAUGGAACCUCCAAGUCUACCCGAAUAUUUGCGUGGAUUUUGCAGUGUACCUGGCGGGGCACGUUUUCCGAAAAAAAGCAGAUUGCGUCCGGCUGAUUCCGGCAAACCAUUGCCACCAGAAAAGAUUAGCCCCAACAAAGACACACCAGCACAUUACUGCAUACGCAAACAAAAUUUCGAAUAUGUGGACGAUGAAAGCAAUGACGAGUCAUAGUUGGGUAGUUAAUAUUGUUGAUAUUUUUCCAUUUAAUAUUUUUGUAUGUUAAUUAAUAAAAAUUUUUAUUAUGCACUUAAA